UGCUCAGGCAGGAAGAAGAAGAAGAAGGCCUGGCCUCCCUCCCUCUCUCCUCUCGGGGGCUGGCGGUGGCGCCGGCUGCAGGGGACGCACCCACACGGCCCUUGGCCAAUGGAGCACAUCAGAGCCCCUCUGUAUGGCCGUCACUCGGAAAGGGGCUUCGACUUUGAAACACCUGGAUGUUGUCAUAUUCUGGGUAUAAGCUGCUGCACUUUCCUCAAAAUAUUCUCAUUGUUGGACGUUUUCUGCAUGGAGAAAAAGAUGGGGGAAGCUGUUGCCAGAGUAGCCCGGAAAGUGAAUGAAACUGUUGAAAACAAAACAGAUUCUCUGGAUCUUGCAGAUUGCAAACUAAUGACCUUCCCCAUUGCCCUUUACAAAGUUAUGAGGCAUGUUACAGAAGGCAUUCAUCUCAUCACUCUGGCCAAUAAUGAGCUGAAGGCUGUGACCAGCAAAUUCAUUACCACCUUUAGCCAGCUGAGAGAACUUAAUCUGGAAGGAAAUUACAUUCAUCGCCUGCCAGAAGAAGUCCGAACACUGUCGCAUCUAAGACUCAUCAACCUUUCCAGGAACAAAUUUCAGCAGUUUCCAGAGCAGCUGACCUCCUUGCAAGCCCUUGAAACAAUCAAUCUGGAAGAGAAUGAGAUUGCAGAUGUGCCUGUUGAGAAGCUUGCCUCCAUGGAGUCUCUCCAGAGUGUGAACCUAAAGUCAAACCCAUUAAAUGAGGAGGUCCGAGUGAUUGCCAGGCCAUUGAUCAAGUUUGAUCUCCUGACAUCUCCAGCCAUUCCCCAAGCCUGAAAUAGGAUUGGCCUGGGGGUGGGGUGGUAGAUGAUCUUAGCUGGAAAGGGAAAGGGAAUGUUGUGUUUGCUGUGCUAGAGCACUUUAUGGCUUUCCCAAACACGACUGCUCCUGCAUGCAUUCGAUUUCAUGGGCUCCCAGAAUAGUAGGAAGAAGGAUGGUUUUGCCAAAUGAUAAAGGGAAUCUCUGCUGAACUGUGGACAUACUGAAAGCAUAUAAUGCCUACAAAGAACCUUGAUUAUCUUUUGAAUGGUCAUAGGCCAAAUGGUGAUCUUUCUAGUCAUGGUCUCCAGAGAAGCAAUGGGGACAAACAUGGAAUACAGCACCCCUCAAGGCCAGCAGUUUAUGAUUUAGGGCAUGAAUGACCAUCAAGAUGGGAUAUUAAUUGGAAAUGACUUGCUGCUGUAGCUCAUGAACAAGUUGCAGCAUCUGUGCUGUAUGAAAUGAAAAGCAAGCAAUGGUAGAAGUGUGGCUCAUUGUUUUACUUAUAAGAGGGGGGGAAAACAAUUUCAAAACUGCUGUGAUGUGCAUGAGUUACACACAGAGUCAUUACAGCUUUUCAAGCUUUGUAACUAAAGGGAAAACCAGUAAAUCCUCCUUGAUUUUAUUUUAGUACCAAGAGGAUUAGGUUGUUUGACAAAACACACAUCCAGGCCUAGUACUGCUGUCUGAAAAAUAUUGUGGGCCUCAAGUAAAUGGACUAGAAUCAUUUUGUUUAGAAGUUUGAUAAAUGUGUGAGUAAUAAUGUUGUUUUAUUACAAUCCAUCACCAUGUUAUUAAAAAUAAAUUCCUCUAAUGCAUUUUAUAUUGUUACAGUACCAUAUAAAAUGAGACAUUUUGUUGUUGCUGCUAUUUUCUGUCAGGUUGGUUUCAACCCUAUGAAUGAGACACCACCAAGAGCCUCAGUCAGCCCUCCUUAGAUCUUAAAAGCUCAGGAUUGUGGCUUCCUUGAUGGAGUCAAUCCAUAUAUAAUAUCUUCCUCUUUUCUUACUGCCUUCCGCUUUACUUCCACUGUUUUUUUUUACUGAGUCACAUUAUCUCAUGAUAUGUCCCAUGUAAGAUAGCCUCAUUUUAGUCAUCUUGGCUUCCAAUGAGAAUAAUUACUAUUCAUCUUCUCUAUAAAAGGUUUUUAGCAAUGCCUUUCUUAAGAUGAAGAUUCCUGGGGUUUUUUAUGCUCUCUUAGAUUGAACAAGUACUUUGAUUGUUUUUGUUUCCCUUCUUUAAUAUAGUUUCUCCUACAUUAUACUCCUUUCCUAUUUUUCUCUUUCUUUCUUUCUUUCUUUCUUUCUUUCUUUCUCCCCUCUUUUUUGAUGGCAUGGUAGUCUGAAUCCUAUAACUCAGUGGUUCAUGAACUUUGGUCUUCCAGAUGUUUUGGACUUUAGCUACCAGAAUUCCUAACUGUUGGCCAAGCUGGCUGGGGCUUCUGGGAGUUGAAAUCCAAAACACCUGGAGGACAAAAGUUUGAGAAUCAGUGCUAUAACUACUGAUAACUUGGUAUGUUUUCAGUUUUUGAAAAGGCAUCUUGAAAAAAAGAAAAAGUCACUGUACAUUAGCAAAAUCACCAGUGUGGGCACUGUGUAGUGCAACCUAGUGAUUGCCAUGCAUUUCUACAGACAAGGAAUCCCAUAUGGCAGUGAUGGUGAACCUUUUAGAGACUGAGUGCCCAAACUGUAACCCAAAACCCACUUAUUUAUUGCAAAGUGCUGCAUCUCUCUGGCUUUCUAGUAACAAACUCUGGUGACCUCUGUGCUGGGGCGACGGCACAGGUGCCCACAGAGAGGGCUUUGUGUGCCACCUCUGGCACACGUGCCAUAGGUUCGCCACCACUGCCAUAUGGGAUCCCUGUCAUGGUGGAUCAGGACACCCAAUGUAAGAAAAGCUGCUGCUAUUACCCCAGUGCUGUUUUCAAAAACGACACCCUUUUCUCUCUACACCCCCCCUCAAGUAAAUUAAUGGCUGCCAUUCACUCCUCUGGGGAAAACAAAAGGGAAAGGAUGUCUAUGAUGUCUGUGAUGUGGGCUAAACCUGUUCCCUGCCCCAACAGUCCAAGUUUUCCCACCUGUGCUUUGUCAACCCCCUCAACUUCCAUCUUGGAACACUUCACUUCCCCCAUAGCCAUAUAGAAACUAACUGGGCUGUCAAAUCAGAUAUAUGGGACUUUGAUCAGCUUGCAGCUGCUUUCCAAUCACCUGAGCAUCUCAGAGCAGGAAAAUUGUGGAUACAAUGGUUUUUAAAAGUCUCCUUCGUUUGAUCUCCCCUUAACAUUUGCUGCUACUCAACUGAUUGUGAAUCUGGAAACUGAUCCGCUAGGAACAGCCCCAGCAAAGCCAUCCCUGGCUUCUUUUGCCCUUCCUCAUAGCUAACAGCAUAUUAACAAGGCAGAUGAGGGAGAUAUCAUGGUCCAGAGCUUCCUCUUUACCUGCACUAAAGUGUGAUAGAAUACAGGAAAGUUGACUCAUGUACAGACUAACACUGCCUAAGUAACCUGCACAAUCUCACAGAAACAGACUCUGGAUUCCCUUUGGAUGCUACAUAAAAAGGAGGAAGGGAGAUAGAGAAAAAACCGGAACAUGGCAGCACCUUUAAGACUAACUGGUUUUUAUUUUACCACAAGCUUUCAUGGAUAUACAUCCACUUCUUCAGAUGCAAUACAGAAUGAAGCUGUGAUUUUGAUGUUGUGAUCCUUUUUAACUAGAUUAAUGUGUUCUCAAUCCAGUGGGAGUGGAAAACCCCAAACUAUGCUGAAAUAUAUGGAAAGAGCUGUACUUGCAGGAACUAUGCUCAUUUGAGUAGCUUUGCUCAUAUUUUAUGCAUCUGUGAGACUUGCUGUUUGCUAUGGAAAAAUACCAGAUUCAGCCUUUGUCCACAGAGGAGCAACAAAGAACAUACUUGUGGAUGCACCCUGGUUUUGCUUGUUUGUUUAUUUUUGAGGAACCCUUUCAAAAACUGCAUGAUCUUGCAUUGUGGUUUUGAUUAACUCGGAACACAGUGGCUUGUCCUUAGGGUUGAAGCUUGGUUGUGGUUUCACAUUUCUUUGUUUUCUUUCUUCAGCAUCAUGAUAUUGGGAGUUUGUUGCAAACUAUUUUUCCUCCUGUAGGCGAUUGUUCCCUUAUUGCCCUGCCUUUCCUUCCCUGUGUGAUUGACAGGCAGCAGUAACUUAUUGGUUCGACAAAUAAACAGCCUCAGUGUCUAAAUUCCAGUCCUCUAAUGCAAGCUUUACUGAAAUGGAUGAGGUAUUUGUAACACAGAAGUGGCUUCAGAAAUUAAAGCAUGGAAAAAACACUGCAUCACUGCCCCUAAGACCCUAAGUGCAUACAGCGUCCCCCUAACCAUCUAACAUACACUGCCCUAUGUCAGAUUUAUAUGCUGGAAGAGAAGGGUAAACAGCCCUUCCUUAUCCAAUAAACCAGGUAUUGUUUUCUUGUCAGGGUCUUCCUAUCUUUUGGUUAAAUUUAAAUCCUUUCUGCCUUCUCUAUUCUCCUUUUAUCUCAUCGGCUGUUUUUCUUUCAGCCUCUCCUUUCUGCACCUACUUAAUUUGGUGUCUUCUCUUCUUCUCCAUUACUCUCUCCAACAUGUCAUUCCCUCUUCCUAAUUUAUUAUUUGUGAGAUACAUUAAACCUGUCCUGAAUACCAGAUGCUGGUAGAUUGGACUACUCUUUCUAAAUCUUCUGAUUGAACCCCAUUUUGGGACCUGAUUGUUAUGUACAGCCUGCCUCUCCUAAUCCUCUAAAAUGGUCUGCUACCUUCAUAUGUGGUGGAAGAUUGUGUCCCUUCACCAGUCUUGAAGUUAGAUUCAACUGCAUAUUCAAUCAGCUUUGUUGUAUGAAAUGGAGGAGAUGCAAUCUUAUCCUUCACUUCAGGCAGGAAAAUGUUUUGGGACAGCACUGUCUUUCUCUCCCCCCCCCCCCCAUUCUGCAUGAAUGCCAUAGGAAAAUAACCAUCUUGUCCUUCAUUCAGACCUUUCUCCUUAUCCUCACUCUAUCCCGCCAGUGCUUUCUACUGAUGAACACAUGUAAGACUUAACCACCUCAGUUUUGCUAGAAGUAGAACCCUGAACCUGAGAGCUCUUCACUUCCAGCAUGGGACAACAUUGUCUUUUAUUAUUGUACCAUCAGCAAUGUGUUUUUUGGAGGGAGGAGCCUUAAUUUCUGUAAUUAGCAUUUCACUCUUCUAAAUGAGAUGAAUUUAAAAUAAAAUUUACCGUGUUGUUGCACAACA